UUACCUACAAACUAAAUGCCUUGCAAAAUGAUCAAUCGGACAACUCGUAUCUAGCACAAUUCAGGUACAAUGAAGAUUCCCUCAACGUCUCUUUCGACCCGGCAACUUGGAGGUUAUGUCUGUAGUGGUUGCACACGUCAAUUACGGCGUCAGAGAAGAAGUUAUGCCACCUCCACCGUCAACCCGGAUCUCUACGACGUAGUCUGUGUAGGAGGGGGGCCAGCAGGACUCAGUCUCCUAGCUGCUUUACGUUCGCAACCGGCCACAGCCAAUCUCAAAAUCGCGCUUGUCGAAAGCCAGCGCCUGGACGCAACGCGCAACUUCCAGCUCCCUCCGACGCAGUUCUCCAACCGCUGCAGCUCAUUGACCCCGUCUUCGGUACGAUUCCUAGAGCAGGUCGGCGCCUGGCAGCACGUGGACCAGAAGAGAGUGCAAAGCUAUGAGGAAAUGCAGGUCUGGGAUGGGGUUACGGGGGCGAGGAUCGAGUUUGACUGGCCCGCGGAGAAGCGCGGACAGACGAUUGCGUACAUGAAUGAGAAUCUUAACCUGACGUCUGGUCUCCUGAAGAGGAUUGACGAGCUGGGUGGGGUGGAGGUGCUGGAUGGACAGAAGGUGGAGGAUAUUGCGCUCGGCUCCGAGACGGAGGAUUUUGAUCUGAGCAGCUGGCCGGUCGUGAGCUUGAGCGGGGGCCGGAAACUGGCUGCGCGGUUGCUGGUCGGUGCUGAUGGAGCCAAUAGUCCUGUGAGGGCAUUUGCGGGUAUCGGGAGCAGAGGUUGGGAUUAUGAGCGCCAUGGUGUUGUCGCGACGCUCCAAAUGGAGGGGCCAGGAUGGGGGGGAGAGUCCAAGAUUGCGUAUCAGAGAUUCUUGCCAACGGGCCCGGUGGCUAUGCUUCCACUUCCGGGGGACUACUCGACGCUGGUUUGGUCAACUACUCCCGCCCUCGCGGCGCACCUGAAGACUUUGAGCCCCAAGGAUUUCAUUGCUAUGGUGAACGCUGCAUUCCGGCUCUCGCCGGUGGAUCUUGCAUAUAUGCAUACGCAGAGUGAUGGCCAGGCCGAUGAGCUGGCUUGGAGAUCACAACACACGAAUUUCGACCAGCACCGGAUUCCUCAGCAAGUGAUCGGGGUCCAGGAAGGCAGUAUUGCCUCGUUCCCGCUCAAGUUGCGACAUGCUGAUACAUAUAUUGGGGAGCGUGUCGCCCUCGUCGGUGACGCUGCCCAUACCAUCCACCCACUUGCGGGCCAGGGCUUGAAUCAAGGACAGGGUGACGUGGAGAGUUUGGCGAACACUAUCCAAUAUGCUGUCACUCAUGGCCAGGACAUCGGGGUGCGAAUGUCGCUGGAACCAUACAACGCGGAGAGAUACGCUGCGAAUAACAUGCUGCUGGGCGUGGUGGACAAGUUGCACAAGCUGUACGCUGUUGAGAGUGGACCGAUUGUACCAUUAAGGAGUAUUGGACUGAGAGCUGUGAACGCCUUGGGACCGGUAAAACAAUUCUUCAUGGACCAAGCCGCGGGGACUGGUGUCAAGAUACUUUGAGUCGAGAUUUCCUCAAAAGUUGGAAUUAAUCAAGUGUAUAAAUAGUAGGGACGGCUGUACAAUUCUAGUAGCCUAGACAUCAAAAAUCUGUAAGAACCGGAACGCCAUGCUUGUAAUGCCAUCGCAAAAGACUGCUUCCUCCGCAUAAUGACCACAUCAUCGCAUCGAAUCAUAACUAUCUGAACGCCUCGAGUCUCAGAUCACCUCCCCUUUCUCCCAAACGCCAAUCCCCAGGCCCAUGAAACAACAUGUCCUCUCUCCUCAUCCACAUCAGACCGUAUUGUCAUGGUAAUAAAAGUCAAUAUCUCUCGGUCUUCUCCUAUUAUUGGCCACGAA